CUCAAAACUCACAAACAUGGCGUCGCAGAGUGAGGGUGGAGGAAAAGACGAAGUAAAAGAGGAGUUUACAACUCGAGAAGGAACUUAUAAAUUAAUGCAAUGGUCCGAAUACACAAAACCCACUCGCGUGCCAUUCAACGGACAAUCAAACACUCCCGUCAGGGCCUCAUUCAUAAAUGUCGGCGAUGAUCCUUCGCCCGAUAGAAUAUGUUUUAAUAUUGGCAGAGAGCUGUACUUCUAUGUUUACAAAGGUGUUAAAAAGGCUGCAGAUCUUACAAAACCAGUCGACAAACGAUUGUACAAAGGGACUUUCCCAACUUGCCAUGACUUCAACAAAAUCUUGGUGACCAGCGAGUCUGUGCGACUGUUAGUAGGUUUCACCGCUGGACAGAUACAGCUGAUUGACCCCAUCAAAAAAGAGCUUGGAAGGCUUUACAACGAAGAGAGAUUGAUAGACAAAUCUAAAGUGACCUGUAUCAAAUGGAUUCCAGGUCAGCCUAACCAAUUUCUUGUGUCCCAUGCCAGUGGCCAGCUCUAUGUGUACAAUGAAGAACUCCCUUGUGGCCCCACUCCUCCGAACUAUCAACCAUUUAAACAAGGAGAGGGGUACUCUAUACACACUUGUAAAACAAAAAGUACCCGCAAUCCAUUGUACCGAUGGGUGAUAGGACAAGGUGCAAUAAAUGAAUUUGCAUUCUCUCCUUGUGCUAAGUAUUUAGCAGUUGUAAGUCAGGAUGGAUUUCUCAGAGUCUUUCAUUAUGAUUCUAUGGAACUUUUAGGCACAAUGAGAAGUUACUUUGGUGGACUCCUUUGUGUGUGCUGGGCACCUGAUUCCAAGUUUAUUGUGACUGGAGGAGAAGAUGACUUGGUAACUGUGUGGUCUUUCUUUGAUAAAAGGGUUGUGUGUCGAGGACAAGGACAUAGGUCAUGGGUCAAUGUUGUGGCUUUUGACCCAUACACCUCAAUUAUCAACAGUGACAGCAGUGAUCUGCUAAAUGGUACAAAAUUAGAAGAUAUUAAAGCAACUGUUGCCAAUGGCAGCCAGUCUAAUCACCAGAGAAACUCAGCUGAGCUUUCCCAGAAUUCUGUACAGAGUCAAGGGUCAAGUAUCACAACUUAUAGGUUUGGAUCUGUUGGACAAGACACAAUGUUGUGCUUGUGGGAUUUAACAGAGGAUGUGAUCCGACAAGCAGUUAAUACAAGAACAAGGACCAGCAUACUAAUAUCCAAUCCAAAUUCUGUGUCAGCAACCUUACCUCGUUGUAACAGUGUCCAAAAAACAAACUCACUAGUGGGCAAUGAUGUUUCUAUGGACGGCAAUGCACAUCCAGUUGGAAAUUCUGUGAUGGCUAAUUCAACACAUCGGUUUGCAACCCUUUCAUUAGGGGAGAGAAAGGAAAUUACAGAAAAGAAAGAACACAAGAGAAAUUUUAGCUUAUCUAGUAAAUCUAGUGAGAAAAACAAUGUGCUUAAGUCAAAUCAUGUGAAACAUGUAGACGAAUCAAUUAAAGUGUUAGGAACAUGCUCUUGUCCUCGCUUAGAAGAAGUUCCAUUACUCGAACCUUUAGUGUGUAAGAAAAUCUCUAGUGAACGAUUAACUGAAUUAGCUUUCCGAGAGGAAUGCAUUGUAACGGCCUGCCAGGAAGGAAUAGUAAAUACCUGGGCACGUCCUGGAAAAGUGGCCCUGACACAGCAUACAGCCCUUAGUCCACAGACUUCAACUGGAGGUACUAUUGUUUAAUUCUAAAUGUACCCUGUUCAAUGAAGACAUGAUGACUACCCCUCUUUGACCUCCAUUUUGUUGUAUCAUUACCCAACUCCUGCUGUGCCACUGAAGGGCAGAAAAACCAGUCCAAAGAACCAGUUUCAUCUUCCUGCUGGUCACAUGACUUCCUCACACAUAUCAAGACCCCAAUCACCUGACCACAUCAACUCUGAUGCUUCCAGUAUUCACCAUAACGAUAACAUAUUGUAGACCUGACCUUGCAUUUUCUGCAUCCAACUCAUGCAGCUAAAGAAAAAAAAAUGUAUUGCAUAAUUUAUAGUGCUGUAAUAUGUCAUUGUUUUCUUUGUGCUUAAAAAUUAUCUUGACCAACAAUCUUAUGUAUUUCUAUGUGUUUGUGUGCACAAAUAUUUUUCAACGUGUUCAUUGGAUCUGAAAUUUUUUGUCUAGCGUUUCAUUAAUUGAAAUUAAAUUGAUGUUUCAUUAUUCCUUCUUGAAAUAACUGCAUUUCCUGAAUUCAUAUAAAUG